ACACUCGAACAUAACAAAACAUACAACUUGAUUGAGUGAGAGAGAAAGAGAUAAGCAGAGAGAGAGAGAGAGAGAAGCAGAGAGAGAAGCAAAGAGAGACAUGGAGGCCUUCCCACUUAUCAACAUGGAGAAGCUAAAUGGUGAAGAGAGGGGAGCCACCAUGGAGCUUAUCAAAGAUGCUUGUGAGAAUUGGGGAUUCUUUGAGUUGGUGAACCAUGGAAUUUCACAUGAGCUAAUGGACACAAUGGAGAGGAUGACAAAGGAGCACUACAGGAGGUUUAGGGAGCAGAGGUUCAAGGAGCUGGUGGCUAGCAAGGCUCUUGAGGGUGCCCAAGCUGAGGUUACCGACAUGGACUGGGAGAGCACCUUCUUCUUGCGCCAUCUCCCUCAAUCCAACAUUUCUGAAGUACCUGAUCUUAACGAUGAAUAUAGGAAGGUUAUGAAGGAAUUUGCUUUGAAAUUAGAGGAACUAGCAGAGGAGCUCUUGGAUUUGCUAUGUGAGAAUCUUGGACUAGAGAAAGGCUACCUAAAGAAGGCCUUCCAUGGAACAAAGGGUCCAAACUUUGGCACCAAGGUUAGCAACUACCCACCCUGUCCCAAGCCAGACAUGAUCAAGGGGCUCCGAGCCCACACUGACGCUGGUGGCAUCAUCUUACUCUUCCAAGACGACACGGUCAGCGGUCUCCAGCUCCUCAAGGAUGACCAGUGGAUCGAUGUUCCUCCGAUGCGCCAUUCCAUUGUGAUCAACCUUGGUGAUCAACUAGAGGUAAUCACCAAUGGCAAAUACAAGAGUGUGCUUCACAGAGUGAUCGCCAAAACAGACGGAAACCGGAUGUCAAUAGCUUCGUUCUACAACCCUGGCAACGAUGCUGUCAUCUUUCCAGCACCGGCACUGGUGGAGAAAUUAGAAGAAGAGGAAAAGAAGGAAGUGUACCCAAAAUUCGUGUUUGAUGACUACAUGAAGCUCUAUGCUGGGUUGAAGUUCCAAGCCAAGGAGCCAAGGUUCGAGGCCAUGAAAGCCAUGGAAGCUAAUGUUGGCCUAGACACUGUUGCAACAGCUUAUUAAGAUUCUAUUAUAAAGAUCAAAAUUGAAUUUUGUUGUAUUUUUUGCUGGGUUAUGACUAGAAGUCAUAGCUUAGUGCUAUAUUGGUUUACUAUUUCUAAUAAAAGGUAAAACAAAGAGAAUAUAUUGAUUGAAUAA